UUUUAGCUUUUCAGCAUCUUUGACAAUUGUGACAGAUCGGGUUGGGUAGUAAAUGACAUUUAAUUUAUUAAUAAACCAUAGUCCUAGUGUCUUGAAAUUCAUUCGAAAUCGUAAACAAAAACCGGCAAAAUGUUAGCUUUAAUGAACAGAAUAUUGGACUGGUUUAGGAGCUUAUUUUGGAAGGAAGAAAUGGAACUAACACUAGUGGGGCUCCAGUACUCAGGAAAAACAACUUUCGUCAAUGUAAUCGCAUCAGGUCAGUUUAGUGAAGACAUGAUUCCAACAGUGGGUUUCAAUAUGAGGAAAAUAACAAAGGGAAAUGUAACAAUAAAAGUGUGGGACAUCGGCGGUCAGCCUAGGUUUAGGUCGAUGUGGGAGCGUUAUUGUCGAGGUGUCAACGCUAUAGUGUAUAUGGUGGAUGCGGCAGAUCCUGACAAAAUCGAGGCUUCGAGAAAUGAGCUCCACAAUUUAUUGGACAAGCCACAAUUAGCGGGAAUUCCAGUCUUAGUGCUGGGGAAUAAGAGGGACAUGCCACAAGCUUUAGAUGAAAAUGGCCUUAUCGAGCGAAUGAACUUAUCAGCUAUCCAAGACCGUGAAAUCUGUUGUUAUUCCAUUUCUUGUAAAGAAAAAGAUAAUAUUGACAUCACGCUGCAAUGGUUGAUUGCACAUUCUAAGUCAGGCAUGCGCUAAGUCGUCGCUGUUUUGUUGUCUGCGCGUCAAAGUAACCACGUUUUCACCAAAUUAUGGUUUGUGUAGGCCAAUUUUUAUUUAUACUGUGCAAUUUAUUUAGUCCUUAUUGUUGGCUGUGCAUGAACACCAGACUCAUUUCUCUUGAAGAUCUUGAAAAAUGUGCUUACUUUGGUCAGCGAAAUUUCUAUUUUGUAUUUCAAAAAGUCGUGGACCAUUUACACCUCUGUAUUCGCUGCUGAUUUUGUACUUUUCCUUUUACAAGUAAGUUUUAAGACUAAAUUGUGUGAUGGAUUUAACUAUCCUUUUUUGAAAUUUAAAAUAGAAAUUUAUAUCGAUAGGUUAAUCACUUGCUAUAAAAUGAAAUGUAGAUGUAAGUUACCAUAACUUUACAAAUACAGUUAACACGCUGGUUUUUCUAUAUUAAAUCGAUCAUUGUUAGAAUGUUGGCAUCCACAACAGAUUACUAGUCUUCUCAUGACUUUUGCUUUCUAGCUAUGAACCAGUGAAAUAACAAAUUAUCAAUUGGUUUCCAUAUUUUAUUUAUGUAUUAUAAUUUGUAUGUACAAAGUGAGAUUUUUUUUUUACAUAGUUUUAAUAUUUUUUAAAAUAUUUCCUGUGAGUAUUUUACAAUCGUUUUCAUUUAAAUACAUACACAAUGAUAAAGGGUCUAUUAUUUUUCUCAUUUUAAUGUAGAAAUUUUAGGUCUGAAUAAAAAAUGUACAAACCA